CGUUGCGUGCAUCUUCUAACCGUAGAACGUAAGCUCCUUGGAUGACAACUUGUUGGAACGGAACAUUUCACUAGUUCGGAACAAAGGGAAGCGGUGAAGGGAAAUAAAACGAUAAAAUAAAACAACGAUUCCUCCGGCUGGCUGCCGGAGCCAACCCCCGCCGGAACGGGCCUACUUCCGAUUGCCCCACGCCUUCAAUUCCAUCCCAUGUUCCGCUCAAACACAAUGGACAGCAACUCGGAGGCACAACCACACAUCCGGACGCGGGUCACAAACGCCUGCGAUGUCUGCAAGGCGCGGAAAGUCAAAUGCGACGGCAACUCGCCAUGUGGAUAUUGCGCCCGCCACCAGAGGCCCCGGUCCUGCCACUACUCCCCGCAACGACGUCGCCGAACGCGACUCGGCGGAGAAACGCAUAAUCCGUCAUCACCUCGGACCGGGACCUUUGCACCCUGCCAUCAUGAUAGCCUCGCCUCUUCCCAUCACGCAACUCCGGCGGCUUCCCAUGGAGUAGCCACACCAUCGGCCACAUCCUCGCUCGCUGGCCAACGGACCGCUCCAAAUGCACAAAGUCGGAGCGACUCUCCCAGCCUAGGGCCAAUUGACGCCGGCGUCCCGGCAGUACCCGAAGAGCACGAGGAGGCCGAGGUUCCCCGAGAAGCCCGGCUCCUUUGCGAUGCCCAAGGCAAACUGAUCUUUAUCGGCGACUGCGCCCCGCUCUCCUUCUUCCAGACGGUCCGCCAGCUGGUCACAUCCCGCGUCGACGCCAACGCCUUCGCGCCGCAGACGAGCCGGUACUCGAUGCUGGAGAAUGCGAACCCGAGGACGUCGGCGACGUUUGGCUUCGGCGCCGCCCCGCCCGCGGUGAACCCCGACGGCGUACGGGCUGCCGUGUCGGCCUAUCUCGCCGUGACGACGGGCUUGAUCGACCUCUACGACCAUGACCACCUCGUCGAAAACCUGUCCCUCUGGGCUGGCCAGGGGCCCGGCGGGGAUCGACCCGACGACAUGACCUCUGCCGCGAACUACCUCGUCCUCGCCAUCGGGUGCCAGAAGACGGACGAGCACCUCUCGCAGGCGUACUUCGACUUCGCCCGUGACCGCGCGUUCGCCAGCCUGGGGGGCAACCUGAGCGUCGGCACCGCGCAGGCCUUCCUGCUCAUCACGCUCCACAUGCUCGGCGCGUGCCAGAUCAACGGCGCGUUCCUGUUCUUCGGCAUCGCCGUGCGCGCCGCGUACUCGGUCGGGAUCCACCGCACCGAGGUCAACUCGCGCUUCGGGCCCGAGUUGCACCGGCAACGAGACAGGCUCUGGAAGAGCCUGAGGGUCGUCGACCUCUUCCUCAGCACGUCCAUGGGACGUCCGCCUGCGACCUCGGAUGUCGAUUGCACCGUGUCGUACCACGCGACCGACGACGACGGCCACGAGGACUUCGACCUGCUCAAUGCCUCUGCGCAGAUCUUUCUGAUAAUCGAAGGGAUCGUCCUUGAAGUGUAUUCCCGGCGCAAGAUCUCGCUCCAGCUGACAGAGGGCAUAUCCCGCGAGCUCAGGGACUGGUCAGCCCGGUGGCUCGCCCUGCUCAAGGACAUCCUCGCGAGGCCAUCGCCGUCCGCCGGGGAAGCGGGCCUUCUCAACGGCGCAUGUCAGGUCCUCUCUUCGUACUACUACGCCGUAAUCCUCGUCUCCAGGCCCUUCCUCAUGUACGAGCUGCAUCGCAGGCUCUCGGAAAACCUCCCCUCCAUCUCGUCCGGCAGGGCUGGCUUGGUGUCUGGCAAGUCUAAGCUGGCCGACGCGUGUAUCGAUGCGGCCAGUCUCAUGGUCGACCCGGUCCACGACCUUAUCGGGAGAGGGAUGAUGACGCGGAGGGCGCCGGUGGUAGUGUCUUGGCUCUUCGCGUCAUCUCUUGUCCUUGGCCUCGGGCUUCUCGGCGGCUUUGGUAGGAUCAUUGAAAAGUACUGCCGUCUGUCUAUCACGGCGUUGGAAUACUUUGCCGAGAGCGACACGCAUGCCAUGCAGUACUCCCUGAUUGCAAAGUCGCUGCUCGCAACUGCACUAGAGUAUCUCGACAAAAAGGAGGCACAGGAGCGGUUGCAGAGGACGGAGAGCUCCUCCCAGCUGUUUGGCCUCAUCCCCCGCGAUCCCCACAAGGAUGGCGAGAAUCAACAAACCCAGCCACAGACUAGGAAUCGGCAGGCGAUGACCCCGUCGGCGGGCUCGGUGUCUAAGGAAACGGCAUAUAGCAGAGCGGAUAGUACACGAUUGACACAUCUGGGAAACCCAUUGCCGAGGUUUAGCUUCGAUGCCGACUCACCUUUUCUCGGGCUCUCGGACGCACUCCCAAGGACACCCGAUCUGUCCCUUUUCAGCGGUUCGCUUGACGCUUACGCCGACCAGUCCUUCGGUGCUCUAAACCUUUUCCCCCUGCUCGACACAAGCGGCCAUAUUGACUUGGCUCAUUACCUUUAGGGGAAUAGAUACAUCUCCUACUGGAUGAACAACAUUCACUAAAGACCCGUCUCCGCCGAAGUCCGCUACGGUGGGGGUCUGGGGGGUCUGGGGGGAGUCACAGCGGCAAGC